UAAUAUAAUAUAAGACCCUAAUACAGAUCUUGCAGAAAGGUGGCAUUUUUAUUUUUUGAUACCAUAUCACUGAUUUCGCCAGUCAACGAAUCGAGUGGGCAGUAGUCAGUCAGCUCUUCGGCGGUGGGCAUCAACAGAAAUGGCGGACGAAACGAAGAAAUGGGUAUUGAUGCUGACGGCUCAGACGCCUACCAACAUUGCCGUAAUCAAAUAUUGGGGCAAAAGGGACGAAACUCUGAUUCUACCGAUCAAUGACAGUAUCAGCGUCACGCUUGAUCCGGCGCAUCUCUGCACUACCACCACCGUCGCCGUCAGUCCAAGCUUCGAUCAAGAUCGCAUGUGGCUCAACGGCAAGGAGAUUUCUCUUGGUGGAGGAAGAUACCAGAGCUGUUUGAGAGAAAUUCGAUCUCGGGCAAGUGAUGUGAUCGAUGAGAAGAAGGGAAUCAAGAUAACAAAAGAGGAAUGGAAGAAUCUGCAUUUGCACAUUGCUUCUUAUAACAAUUUCCCUACUGCUGCUGGUUUGGCCUCCUCAGCUGCUGGUUUAGCUUGUCUGGUGUUUGCUCUUGCAAAGCUAAUGAAUGUGCAAGAAGAUGAAAGUCAACUAUCAGCCAUAGCUAGACAAGGAUCCGGGAGCGCUUGUCGCAGUUUGUUUGGUGGCUUUGCGAAAUGGAUUAUGGGGAAGAACAACGAUGGAAGUGACAGUGUGGCUGUGCAACUUGCCGAUGAGAAACACUGGGAUGACCUUGUGAUUAUCAUAGCAGUGGUGAGCUCGCGGCAGAAGGAAACAAGCAGCACCUCGGGAAUGCGUGAGACUGUUGAUACGAGUAAGCUGAUACACCAUAGAGCAAAGGAGGUAGUUCCAAAACGCAUUAUUGAGAUGGAAGAAGCCAUUAGAGAGCGCGAUUUCUCGGCUUUUGCAAGCUUGGCUUGUGCCGACAGUAACCAGUUUCAUGCUGUCUGCCUGGAUACGUCUCCUCCUAUUUUCUACAUGAAUGACACAUCACAUAGGAUUAUUAGUUGCGUUGAAAAGUGGAACCGGGCUGAAGGGACUCCUCAGGUUGCUUACACGUUUGAUGCCGGGCCAAAUGCUGUCAUGAUAGCGCGCGAUAGGAAUGCUGCCGCCCUUUUGUUGAAGCGUCUUCUUUUCUCUUUUCCACCACCCUCGGAUUCUGAUUUGGGCAGCUAUGUUAUUGGUGAUAAGACUAUACUGGAAGAUGUUGGAGUGAAGGAAAUGAAAGACAUUGAAACUUUGCCUCCACCUUCAGAAGCCAAUACUCAGACCCAUAAGUUCAGGGGAGAUGUCAGUUACUUCAUAUGCACCCGACCCGGUAGAGGGCCCAUAGUUCUAACUGAUGAAACACGAGCUCUUCUGGAUCCUGAAACGGGCUUUCCCAAGUAAGAAAACCACCAUUUUUCUUUCCUUUUUCUAUUUCCUUGUUUGACUUAUUGAGAAGAUGUUAAGCGGUUGAAAAAUCCUUAUAUCCCUCCAAGUGCGAGUUAAGUGAAGAAAUUUUGCUUUUGGAAGGAUUCUGUUUCGAGUCUUAAUCAGUAUUUCCCAAUAUUUAUGUUUUUCCUUGAUGUAUUAUGACAGUGCCUAUGAUGGCUUUUGUUGUUUGUAGUAAUCAAAUAUGUAACUGUCUCCAUUAUGCAUAUGAUUAUUGUCUUU